UCUAAAAUUGUAGUCUUCUAUGGCUGAGAUUCUAGGACUCUUUUGAUUAUGCUGUUACCAGCCAGGAGCCACUUCCAAUUUAAAAGUUUGGAUUUUUAUAAUUAUUUUUGGAAUAUUAAAUUCAUGAUGUGCACAGUUCUACAGGGAUCAUCAAGUUGAAGGAUUAAUCAAUAACUAUAGAUUUCAUUGAAGCAAAAGACUCUCCAAGAAGCAAAACUUGAACGACAAACAUUCUCUCUGCUAUUCUGACAACACAGACAUGGAAGUGUCUUUGCAAGGACAAAGACCAUUGAGUUACAAAGAUGUGUUUAACCACACAAAUGUCCGCGUCAAGAUCAAACCUUUCCUGGGUUCCUUCCCUUUUGGGAGAACUACACUGUUUACUCCAUGGCGUAGUGAGUACCCGGCCAGCAAGCUUUCGCAUAGAGUUACUUCUAGUGCAGCUGAUUUUUCAAAGAGGAGACAAAGAAGAUUGUCUACGCCAAGUUCUAAAGGUCCGGCUCCAAAGGGUUUCACGCCGAAAACACAAGUAGGAACGAGCACCCAGAAGAGGGAUCUAAAGAGUAAUGGUGAGAAAGAGGAUUCAAGCAUUCCCACGUCGAGUGAGUCUGCAGUGCUUGACAAGACGGAAAUUGAAUCAAACAUUGCUCUUGAGGAAGAAUCGACCAUUGAGCUUUAUCAGAAGAAUAGGGUAGAUGAAGCUGAAACGGAAGAGCCAAAAGAGGAUAUACCAUCAAUGGGCAAAGAGUUAUCCGUUGGCAAAAGCAACCAGAAUGUGGAAAAUGGAAGAAGUAUAGGUAAGAUUCUUGAAGAUGUUGCAGAGUUACAGAAGAAUGAAACGACUUUGAAAAGUGAUACUGUGAGUACAGCAAGAGAUGUAUCCUCUGAAGGAAAGCAUUUGGAUGGUACAAAAACUGAUGAAACUGUUUCUAUCAAGGAUGAAAGUGUUGAGUCUGAUGAAAAAACAAUUGAAGAUACUCUAAAACUGAAGUUGGAGAUGGAAGCAAAUUUGCGAAAACAGGAAAUUGAGGGGCUUGCUGAGGAAAACUUCUCGAGGGGGAACAAAGUUUUUGUUUAUCCUCAGAGUAUAAAACCUGAUGAAGACAUAGAAGUGUUCCUCAAUAGGAGUUUCUCCACUUUGGCUAAUGAGUCAGAUAUUCUGAUCAUGGGAGCCUUCAAUGAUUGGCGAUGGAGAUCUUUCACUGUAAGGUUGAAAAAGACCCAUCUCAAUGGGGAUUGGUGGUCUUGUCAGAUUCAUGUUCCCAAGGAAGCUUACAAGAUGGAUUUUGUGUUCUUUAAUGGGCAGAAUUUUUAUGACAAUAAUGAUACGAAAGAUUUCUGCAUACCUGUGGAGGGUGGAAUGGAUGUGUUUUCAUUUGAAGAUUUCUUGCUUGAGGAGAAGCGAAGGGAAUUAGAGAAACUUGCAAAAGAGCGGGCUGAGAAGGAAAGGCAAGAAGAAGAGAAAAAAAGAAUAGAAGCAGAGAAGGCAGCAAGUGAGGCAGACAGAGCACAAGCAAGGGUGGAGACAGAAAGGAGGCGAGAAUUUUUGCAACAAUUAAUGAAAAAGGCUGCAAGCUCAGUUGAUAACAUUUGGUUCAUAGAGCCUAAAGAAUUCAAGGGGGGGGACAAGGUCAAGUUGCAUUAUAACAAAAGUUCGGGCCCUCUUGCUCAUGCAAAUGAGCUUUGGAUUCAUGGGGGGCAUAAUAAUUGGAAUGAUGGAUUAACAAUUAUUGAAAAGCUUGUCAGAUCAGAAAGAGAGAGUGGUGACUGGCGGUAUGCCGAAGUUGUUAUACCUGAUCGAGCCCUUGUGCUGGAUUGGGUCUUUGCUGAUGGACCACCUAAGAGUGCCACUAUGUAUGAUAACAAUAAUUAUGAAGAUUUCCAUGCCAUUGUCCCAAAAAGCAUUCCUGAAGAGCUGUACUGGGUUGAGGAAGAACACCGGAUGUUUAGGAAGCUUCAAGAGGAGAGGAAACUAAGAGAGGAGCUCAUACGUGCCAAGGCUGAAAAAACGGCACGUAUGAAAGCGGAAAUGAAGGAAAGAACUUUGAAGAGAUUUCUGCUUUCUCAAAAGCAUAUAGUUUAUACUGAGCCUCUUGAUGUUCACGCAGGAAGCAUUGUGACAGUUUUUUACAAUCCUGCUAACACAGUUCUUAAUGGAAAACCUGAAGUAUGGUUCAGAUGUUCAUUUAAUCGUUGGACUCACCGAAUGGGUCCAUUACCACCUCAGAGAAUGUUGCCUGUGGAUAAUGGUUCUCAUGUGAAAGCCACUGUCAAGGUUCCGUUAGAUGCAUACAUGAUGGACUUUGUAUUCUCUGAGAGGGAAGAUGGUGGAAUUUUUGACAACAAAGGUGGUAUGGAUUACCACAUACCUGUUUUUGGAGGAAUUGUGAAUGAGCCACCAAUGCACAUUGUGCAUAUUGCUGUUGAGAUGGCCCCCAUUGCAAAGGUAGGAGGCCUUGGUGAUGUUGUUACUAGUCUCUCUCGUGCUGUCCAAGAUUUAAACCACAAUGUGGACAUCAUUUUUCCGAAGUAUGACUGCUUGAAUUUUAGCCAUGUGAAGGACCUUCAUUACCAAAGAAGCUAUUCUUGGGGUGGCACUGAAAUUAAAGUUUGGUUUGGUAAAGUGGAAGGCCUUUCAGUUUAUUUUCUGGAGCCACAAAAUGGAUUCUUUUGCACAGGUUGUGUAUAUGGUUCCAGAAAUGAUGCAGAGAGGUUUGGUUUCUUUUGUCAUGCUGCUCUUGAGUUUCUACACCAAGGUGGAUUUCACCCUGAUAUCAUCCAUUGCCACGAUUGGUCUAGUGCCCCAGUUGCAUGGCUGUUUAAGGACCAUUACAUGCAUUAUAGUCUUGGAAAAAAUCGGGUUGUCUUCACCAUACAUAACCUCGAAUUUGGAGCACACUUCAUUGCGAAAGCUAUGGCAUACGCAGACAAGGCUACAACUGUAUCGCACACGUACUCAAGGGAGGUUGCUGGAAAUCCUGCUGUCGCUCCUCAUCUCCACAAGUUCCAUGGAAUCUUAAAUGGAAUUGACUUAGAUAUUUGGGAUCCCUAUAAUGAUAAGUUCAUUCCUAUAUGUUACACUUCGGAAAAUGUUGUUGAAGGCAAACGAGCUGCCAAGGAAGCCUUGCAGCAAAGGCUUGGUUUGAAAAAAGCUGAUGUUCCUUUGGUUGGAAUUAUUACUCGCUUAACUCACCAGAAAGGAAUCCAUCUAAUCAAGCAUGCCAUUUGGCACACCUUAGAACGCAACGGACAGGUUGUAUUGCUUGGCUCAGCUCCCGAUCCUCGCAUCCAAAAUGAUUUUGUGAAUUUGGCCAAUCAGCUGCAUUCAUCUCAUGGGGAUCGUGCUCGUCUUUGUUUGACCUAUGAUGAGCCUCUUUCUCACUUGAUAUAUGCUGGUGCUGAUUUCAUUCUAGUCCCCUCAAUAUUUGAGCCUUGUGGACUGACACAACUGACAGCAAUGAGAUAUGGUUCCAUACCUGUUGUUCGUAAAACAGGAGGACUUUACGACACUGUAUUUGAUGUUGACCAUGACAAAGAUAGAGCAGACUCGCAAGGUCUUGAACCCAAUGGAUUUAAUUUCGAUGGAGCUGAUAGUGGUGGAGUUGAUUACGCCCUCAAUAGGGCAAUCUCUGCUUGGUACGAUGGUCGGGAAUGGUUUUACUCGUUGUGCAAGAGGGUGAUGGAGCAAGACUGGUCUUGGAACCGUCCUGCGCUUGAUUACAUGGAGCUUUACCAUGCAGCAACAAAAAACUAAACGAAAAGAAGCCGGUUAAGCAAAGAUGCAAAUCACUCCCAUCUCAUAGCUUGUACAGAGUUUAGUGAUACCCAAUCUUAGUGGUUUUUCCCUUUCAAAAGCUCAUUUCUCUGCCUUAGUUUUAGAUCUUAAAAUCUUUCAUCCAUUUUUGUGUAGCACAAAGCAAUAGGCUAUCUUCAAAAACGAAAAAAAAAAGGUGUACCAUUCUCAAGAGGAACAAAUUCUUUGACUGUUUCUGAUUCAUGUCUAUGAAAUAAAAGAAAAAUAAUGUGAAAAGUAGAAAGCACAGAAAUCGUUGUAUUAAGCCUUGGAAGAUGGUAAGAUAGAAUAUAAAACCAUUGUCAGCUGGAGUUUGAGCUGAUGCUAGCAGUUCAACUAUGGAAUCAGAUGGUAAGUCAAUAAAAUCGCAGGGUUCAUUGCGUGCGACUUAAAGAAC